AGUGCUCCAAACUAGAUAUUGAUGUAUUAAAAAAAAAAAGAUGGCGCUUUAUACUGUAUGAUAUAAGGAGAAAUGUAGAAAUGUCAGUACGUCGAUUCAUCAUGCGAAUGUACUUGGUUCACCUCUGCAUUUUUUUUCUACUGAAAUUUUGGUGGUACUGUUAACAAAUCGAAUUUUACACAUCGGCAGUAAACAUGGCCACGAUGGAGGAUACGAAACUUGACAUGUAUGAUGACGCAAUGUAUGCGGUGGAUCCUCAGAAUGUUGAAGGAGAAUUGACAGUAGGAACCAAACAAAAGGCAAACCUUGGCGAGCCAGAAUUUAAUACGUUAGAUGAACCAAUUAGAGACACGAUUCUCAGGGAUCUACGAGCAGUAGGCAAGAAAUUCUAUCAUGUAUUGUACCCCAAGGAGAAAAAGAGCCUACUAAAAGAAUGGGAUCUUUGGGGACCUUUGGUAUUAUGCACAUUUAUGGCAAUGAUCUUACAAGGAUCUUCGGACACUGCAGAUAAUUUUAAUGAUGGUGGACCAGAAUUUGCUGAAGUUUUUGUUAUAGUCUGGAUUGGUUCUAUGAUUGUUACAUUAAAUUCUAAGCUGCUUGGUGGUAACAUUUCCUUCUUUCAAAGUGUGUGUGUAUUAGGAUACUGUCUGCUACCAACAACUAUUGCAUUAAUUCUUUGUCGAAUUAUUUUAAUGGUACAGCAGACCACAUUCCUUUUCAUCUUAAGAUUCAUUAUCACAGUAAUUGGAUUUAUUUGGGCAACAUAUGCCUCCAUGGCAUUUCUUGGAGACAGUCAGCCAGUUGGAAGGAAGGCAUUAGCAGUUUAUCCCAUCUUCCUCUUUUACUUUAUCAUUUCAUGGCUAAUCAUAUCCCACUCGACAUAAAUUAUAUCAUGCCAGUGAUCCAAGUUUUACAAGACUGUAUUACAUUUGUGCACAAACCUAAUAAAAACGUGAGAAUGGAAUUAGCAGGAAAUUGGAUAGAAGAAUAAUAUCCAUA